GAGCCAGCUCCCCCUCACGAGAUGUUCACGAAAUCAAACACAGCAGAGCUACUUGGUAGGGAGAAGUAUGGCGUUGGAAGCCCCGUAAUUGCUACCGAGGACAGGACGGAACCAGCUCACGUCCUUGCCAAAGAGAAGUUGGCAUAUUCAGAAAACGAGAGGCUGAUUGCGGAGAAGAAAGACAUUUUAUCUCAAGUCCCGCCAGUACCACUAAAAGUACCCAUUCCUCCACGGAAAGAUCUCAACCAUUCUGUUACUCCAGCAGCGCAUGAAUUAUCCCACGAAGCGAUUUCCAAUCAACAAGAACUAGAUGCUCAACUCUCCGCCGUCCCCAGGGCCCACGAACUUGAGUCCGACUUAUCUGCGCUGCGCGAGAUGGAUCCACAAAGCCGGGCCGAGCUGGAAGAAGUUUUACCCGAGUGGGUAACGAGAGUGGAGCUCGAAGCACAGCGAGCCAUCGAGAUCGGCGGCAGUGAAGCUGAAGCAGCGCCUUCACCAUCUUCUACCAGGCACUCGAUUUCCAGAAAACCCAUCGCAUCUCCUUAUCCAGGAUCGCCAGGCCCGAGUAACACGAUUGAAAAAGUAAGUGAUAGUGCUGGGGAUGAAGAGACGGAUGAGCAGGGAGAAGCUAGACUGAAAGUGUUGCGAGAGCGCAUUGGAAGGAUUCGCGCGGAUAAAGAGCGGCUUUUGGAGAUCCAGAGGUUGGCGCAGUUGGAGGAGGAGACGAAGGUUGAGAUUUUGGCUGAGCAGAGGAGGUUGAUGGGGAAUUGAUUGUGAAAUAAAGACUUGUGAUGACGAAAGUCUAAAGAUGUGGCGAUUUCAGGUUGGUCGAAACAUCGGACCUGGCAGAGAGGCAGGAGUUAUGUUUCCCAUGAGACUGGCUAAGGAAACAAGUUGAGGGAGACUGUAUUGUCCUGCAGGUUAAAGUUUAACAACUACUAUUACAGCAACGCGUGCAUCUCGGCGGAAGAUGUAACAGCGCCG